AUGGGAGACAAGCGAGAGCCGCCGCGUGUCGCCGGCUUUCGCGAGCGGCAGAUGAAGUCCAUAAUCGUCAAUGGAAGAUACCAAGUCAAGCGUAAGCUUGGCAAGGGCGGGUUCGGUCUCGUCUAUGACGGCGAUGACAUCUUGUCGAAUGAAGAGGUCGCGAUAAAGCUUGUGCGCACACGGGACGACCCCAGGAUUCUCGAACACGAAGCAAGCAUCUACAGAGCACUUGCAGGAGGGCCCGGCAUACCCCAAGUUUUUUGGUACGGACAGCAGGAUGACUACUAUGUGUUGGUCCAGGAGCUUCUGGGGCCCUCACUCGAAGACUUGUUCAACUUCUGCGGCCGUCGUUUCUCGCUCAAGACAGUACUUCUCAUCGCUGACCAGGCCAUCUCGCGGAUCAAGUACAUCCACGACAAGCACUACUUGCAUCAUGACAUCAAACCGGACAAUUUUCUGAUGGGCGUCGGGAGGCGAGGGAACGUGUUAUAUACGAUUGACUUUGGCCUAGCGCAGGAGUUCUCUGGCCUGGCUUCGGAGGGGCGCAGUCACGGCCGCACCCUUCGAUACGCCAGCAUCAACAACCACAACAAACGCAAACAGUCGUGGUGUGAUGACUUGGAGUCACUUGGAUACGUCCUCUUGUACUUCAUUCGUGGUUCCCUGCCUUGGCAAGGCCGCAAAGCGGCAAUCGAGGAAGAGAAGGACGAUCUGAUCAAAGACAUGAAGACAAACACUUCACCAAGCAGCCUGUGCGAGGGGUUCCCAGAGGAAUUUGCCACAUAUCUUGGGUACGUUCGCUCGCUGGGCUUCGAAGACAGGCCACGCUAUGCGUACCUUCGUCACCUCUUUAAUCGCCUGUUUGUAUCCCGCGGGUUCAAGCACGACAACGUGUUCGACUGGACAGAGAAGCUGCACGGUCUCGUUGUCGCGUCAUAG